UAAGUGACAAUGUAGAAAUGAUAAGUAAUUACAAUUCAUCAUGAUACUCGAUGGUUUUCGAUUAGUUUAGUGUGUGGUCAGCACUGAAGAGGGACUGUCGUCUGCAAGCGCAUCUCUAUAUUUGUAAAUAGUGAUUAAAUAAUUAACUAAGUGGUUUAUAAUGGGCGAUACACUGCAUUAUCGUGAGGCCGCAACAACUCUUAACCCUGAAAAAAAAGAUGUCGACGUUAUGGAACGGAUCAUCUCACACCUGGGCGAGAUGGGGCUGUACCAGCGGUGGCUGGUGGCCGCCUUGCUGCCGUUCAUGGCGGCCUGGUCGUUCGGCUACGCCUUGCAGAUGUUCAUAGCCGUCACGCCGCAGAACCACUGGUGUUUGGUGCCUGAGCUGCAGAACCUCACUGUGGAGAUGAGACGGAAUCUCUCAAUCCCGUAUACAGACGAGCCACCAGGAUGGAACCGCUGCAUGAUGUACGACACCAACUACACCCAAGUACUGUCCACUCUCACUCGACCACCCACUGGCACUCCAGUCGUGCCCUGCAGACAUGGCUGGGAGUUCCUCUUCGACGACAUACCUUACUCGACUGUUAUCAAUGAGCGUGAGUGGGUAUGCGAGCGCGCUGCGUACGCGCCGUUCGCUCAGUCGAUGUACUUCGUGGGUUCGCUGAUAGGCACAGCCUUCUUCGGCUGGCUUGGAGACGCGUUCGGCAGGAUGCCCGCUUUCGUUGGUGCCAAUAUACUAGGGUUGGUUGGGAACAUCGCAACCAUUUUCACUGUGGGCCGCUGGGAUUUCGCCCUCGCUCGUCUGGUCGCAGGCCUGUCUAGCGAUGCGGCCUACUUCAUGAUAUACAUCAUUAUCUUAGAAUUCAUCGGAUCCCGCCACCGCACGUGGGUGAGCAACUUAGCUAUGGCCAUAGGCGGCGCGGGCGCACUCAUGUUAACCCCUUUGCUAGCUCUAUGGAUGAAGAAUUGGCGGACUCUGGUUAUUGUGACGUCAUCUCCUGCUAUAUUAGCACUGGUGACACCGUGGCUUGUACCUGAGAGCGUCAGAUGGCUCGCCUCGACUGGCAGAGUGAACAGAGCACUCGCCAUCUUGAAACGAUUCGAGAGGAUCAAUCAGAGGAAAAUACCGCAAGAUGUCAUCAACGAGUUUGUUAUAACGUCAAAUAAAAAACGAGUGACAGACGAGUCACUCGCAGCAGUAUUCCGAAGCCCAAAGCUCAGGAACUGUAUUUUAGUCCUAAUUAUAGCAAGCAUAACCUGUUCUUUGGGAAUCGAUGCAGUCAUUCGGAUGUCGGAGAACAUCGGGUCGGAUUUCUUCACCACUUUCGCCGCGUCGUCGCUCUCUGAGCUUCCCGCUUUGGCUCUGGUGACCGUUACUCUGGACAGGUUCGGCCGGCGAGCGGUUAUUGUAUUGACGUUUGGCAUGGCGAGCAUAUUUUCGUUCAUCUGUGCUUUCAUUCAACGAGGGUUGACCCAAGUGGUGCUGGCAGUCACCCUCCGCUUCUUCAUGAACAUGACGAUUAGUGCGCUCGGGCAGCUGAGCCCCGAACUGUUGCCGACCCCUGUGCGCUCCAGCGGAAACUCUCUAGUACACCUCACUGCAUACAUGGGAACCGUGCUGUCACCGUACGUCGUGUACUCGGGCACAACCUGGCAACCCCUGCCGCUGGUAAUCGUUGGGGUGCUGUGCGUGACCGGAACGUUGACCUCGCUACUGCUGCCGGAGACCAAAGGUCAGCCGAUGCCGCAGACGCUGGCUGACGGGGAGAAACUGGUGGCCCAGAAUAUGCUGUGCGGACGAGCGGAAACAGACGACGAAGGCGAAGAAGUGCUAACAAUCAAACAGAAAAUGUGAUCUCAAACUUCUCACGACUAAAUCUAUAGAAAUCUUGUAGAAAACCUAUA